CCCCGCUCCCCCCCGCAGACCAUCCUGGGCGAGACCCGCGAGGAGGAGGAGGACGAGAUCCUGCCGCGCAAGGACUAUGAGAGCUUGGAUUACGACCGCUGCAUCAAUGACCCGUACCUGGAGGUGCUGGAAAGCCUGGACAACAAGAGAAGCCGGAGGUAUGAAGCAGUCAAAUGGGUGGUGGUCUUUGCCAUCGGCGUCUGCACAGGCCUGGUGGGACUAUUUGUAGAUUUCUCGGUCCGACUUUUCUCCCAGCUCAAGUUCCGGUUGGUACAAAGCUCGGUGGAGGAGUGCAGUGAGAAGGGCUGCCUCGCCCUGUCCCUGCUGGAGCUGCUGGGCUUCAACCUGACCUUCGUCUUCAUGGCCAGCCUGCUUGUCCUGAUCCAGCCUGUGGCUGCUGGCUCUGGCAUCCCUGAGAUCAAAUGCUACCUGAAUGGGGUGAAGGUGCCUGGGGUAGUCCGGCUCCGGACGCUAGUGUGCAAAGCUCUGGGUGUGCUCUUCAGUGUGGCUGGAGGUCUCUUUGUGGGGAAGGAGGGUCCCAUGAUCCACAGUGGGGCUGUGGUGGGUGCUGGCUUGCCACAGUUCCAGAGUAUCUCUUUGAGGAAGAUCCAGUUUAAUUUCCCCUAUUUCCGCAGUGACAGGGACAAAAGGGACUUUGUGUCAGCUGGAGCCGCUGCAGGCGUGGCGGCUGCCUUUGGGGCCCCGAUUGGGGGCACACUCUUCAGCCUGGAGGAGGGAUCCUCCUUCUGGAACCAGGGGCUCACGUGGAAAGUGCUCUUUUGCUCCAUGGCUGCCACCUUCACCUUGAAUUUCUUCCGCUCUGGGAUUCAGUUUGGGAGUUGGGGGUCUUUCCAGCUCCCAGGGUUGCUCAACUUUGGCGAGUUCAAGUGCUCAGAAUCUGAUAAGAAAUGCCACCUCUGGACGGCUGUGGACUUGGGCUUCUUCAUCUUGAUGGGCAUCGUCGGGGGCCUUCUCGGAGCCACCUUCAACUGCUUGAACAAGAGGCUAGCCAAGUACCGCAUGCGCAACGUGCACCCCAAGCCAAAGCUGGUCAGGGUCCUGGAGAGCCUGCUGGUGUCACUCACCACCACCGUUGUGGUGUUUGUCGCCUCCAUGGUGCUCGGGGAGUGCCGACAGAUGUCCUCCACCAACCAUAGUGGCAAUGGCUCCCUGAGUCUGCAGGACUCCUCUGAGGACUUGAAUGCAAGCAUCAAGACCUUCUUCUGCCCCAAUGAGACCUACAACGACAUGGCGACACUGUUCUUCAACCCCCAGGAGUCGGCCAUCCUGCAGCUUUUCCACCAGGACGGUACUUUCAGCCCAGUCACACUCUCCUUGUUCUUCCUUCUCUAUUUCUUCCUCUCCUGCUGGACGUAUGGGGUCUCCGUGCCCAGCGGCCUGUUUGUUCCGUCACUGCUUUGCGGGGCUGCCUUCGGACGGCUGGUCGCCAACCUCCUGAAAAGCUACAUUGGCUUAGACCACAUCUACUCAGGGACCUUCGCGUUGAUCGGGGCGGCCGCCUUCCUUGGGGGCGUGGUCCGCAUGACGAUUAGCCUCACUGUUAUCCUGAUAGAGUCCACCAAUGAGAUCUCGUAUGGACUUCCGAUAAUGAUCACACUGAUGGUGGCCAAAUGGACAGGGGAUUUCUUCAACAAGGGCAUCUAUGACAUCCACGUGACCCUGCGGGGGGUGCCACUGCUGGAGUGGGAGACUGAGGUGGAAACAGACAAGCUGCGAGCCAGUGACAUCAUGGAGCCAAACCUGACCUACGUCUACCCCCACACCCGCAUCCAGUCCCUGGUCAGCAUUCUGCGCACGACCGUCCAUCAUGCCUUCCCAGUGGUGACUGAGAACCGGGGCAAUGAGAGGGAGUUCAUGAAAGGGAACCAGCUCAUCAGUAACAACAUUAAAUUCAAGAAAUCUAGUAUCCUCACCCGGGCAGGGGAGCAACGCAAGCGAAGCCAGUCCAUGAAGUCCUACCCAUCCAGUGAGCUGCGCAACAUGUGUGACGAGCACAUCACCACGGAGGAGCCACCUGAGAAGGAGGACCUACUGCAGCAAAUGCUGGAGAGAAGAUAUACCCCCUACCCCAACCUGUACCCGGACCAGUCCCCCAGUGAGGAGUGGACCAUGGAGGAGCGCUUCCGACCUCUCACCUUUCAUGGCCUCAUCUUGCGCUCACAGCUGGUCACGCUGCUCGUCCGUGGAGUGUGUUACUCUGAGAGUCAGUCGAGUGCCAACCAGCCCCGCCUGUCCUAUGCAGAGAUGGCCGAGGACUAUCCCCGCUACCCAGAUAUUCAUGACCUGGACCUCACGUUGCUCAACCCACGCAUGAUAGUGGAUGUCACCCCAUAUAUGAACCCAUCUCCUUUCACAGUCUCCCCAAACACUCAUGUCUCUCAAGUCUUCAAUCUGUUCAGGACCAUGGGGCUCAGACACUUACCUGUUGUGAAUGCUGUGGGAGAGAUCGUGGGCAUCAUCACUCGACACAACCUGACGCACGAGUUCCUGCAGGCGCGGCUCAGGCAGCACUACCAGACCCUCUGACCCUGCCCCAACCCAGCCUGGUGCCAACCCCUCCAUCACACACCCACAUUCCGCUUGGACCCCAGAUGGCCGACUUGCUGAGCGGCUCCUCGCGCACGGAGGCUGGGGACUGAAGACCACCUGGCUGGCCAGAGGAUCAAGGAAACACCUGCGCCUGAAGCUUUUGGCUGGCCUAGAGAGGCAUUUCAUUGACCACUCUGAGCCCAAAACAUCGCUCCUUCCCUGCUCCUGCCAGGUGUGGCAUCAGGUGUUGCCCUGGCACUGCUCUGCCUACAGGGUGAAAACCAUGCUCCCCCACCUCCUUGUUCAUUCUGUCUCCCUUCUUGCUCCUGCAGCAGUUGCCUUACUCACAUGAGAAGGGACCAUUGCCAUGGCUGAAAUCAGACACUGCAGUUUGCUAACAAAGAGCCCACUCCUAGGUGAAUGGCUGUUCCCAGAUUGCUCCCUCCCCCCAGGAGACCCCAGUUGCACCAGUUUUUCUCUGGUGUAUGUCUGUUCAUGUCACUUCUGCAAGCUCCUUCCUGCCCUUCCAGUGCUGGGAUCCCUGCUGUCCCAUUGCUCUCAGCAAUCAGCUGCUGGUGCAAGUCAGGAAUCCACAAUAGCUUGUAGCUGUGCCUCUUUUGGAUGAGGAGUGCUUCACAGAGUGACAUGAGAAAGUGAUCCUAGCCCCUCAUCCCCUUAGCUGUGGCCAAGGAUUCCCCUUGGAAGAGAGCUUUUAUAGGGUGUUCUUGUUUUCUCCUGUAAUGCAGUGGAACGCCUCAUAGGAACGUUAUACAGGCAUUGUGGCCUGCUGUCUGGGUUCAGGCCUGGGGAUCCCAGGGUGUUUUCAUUGCUAGGGCUAAGGAGAGGGAGGAAGGGCUACUUCCUCACUCCCCAGAGGAAUGUGUUGCUCCUUCUGCUUAAAUUCACAGUCUUCUCCCAGCUGCUGCCCCCAUCCACUGGCUCAGUCCACAUCAUCCCUGCUGUGAGCAGCAGAGGUGUGAUGCUGACAGGGCAGCAGGAGCACUCAAGGCUUGUGAUUGCUGGGCUCGAGAGCAGCAGUGGUAGGGGCUGUCCACAGCUCCCAGUGCACCAGGAUCUUGGCGGCAGCAGAAUCGCCUGGAGGGCCAAGGCAGCACUUUGAAGCCAGUCGCAGCCAGUCUGGUGCCUCAACAGGUACCAUCCUGGCCAGCACCUGUAUUGUUCCAGCAGGCUCCUGCCCUUGUGGGUUUGCAUUCAGAUAACCCUCUGUGGGAAGCUGGCCUCGUUGCCUCCAGGGGCCCAGGCUCUGAUGGGCUUGAUAAAGCACAGAGCUUUUUUGCUUUGCUCCCUUGGAGAGGCUGGGCUGAGGAGCCUGGGGAAUGCUUCUGAGGAAGGCUUCCCUGCAGUCCUGUUAACCUGUUGGGUGCCAAGAGGACUUCGCUGGCAGCGUGGCUGCAGCAGGAAGUGUCUGGGGUCCUGGCUUGUUAGGAGCUAUCUGGAGGGCAGAAGUCACCAUUUCUGUGCCCUAUGUGCAGGGGUUGCCUGGAGUUGUGAUCUGGGGAGUGUCUGGCCUCUUCAGGCUGAAACUGGUGGGGCCUGUGGUGCACUGGUUUGCUUGCAGUGAGGCGGCAGGAGUGUCCCACUCUGGCUAGCUCUUGGGACAGCCUCUGCCUUGGGGUGUGGGAGGGGAUACUCCAGGUGAACAAGCUGGUUUCAGAGCAGAUCUCAUCUGCAUGGGGUGGCAGUGUGAAUAGACCCAAGCUGUAGGGUCUGGGUGCAGUUGAUCUUUGCAGGUAGAAGAGUUGUUGCAGGAGGAAAACACAGUGCAAGCCAAGGCUGGGUUAUUGACUCCUUGCUGCCAUUGGCAAGUCCCUGGAGGGUCUGCCACAGUGUCUCCCACGAGAGCUUGUUAACCUUCUCCAGGCCUCUCCCUGUCUGCUCCCUCACUGGAGGCUGAUAGCAGACCUCUCUGGCUGAGCCCUGCUUGUGUGCUCAGAACAGGCAAAGGUUUGUGCCAUCCAGAGUAUGAUGAGAUAAGCCUGAUGCCUGUCACGGCACCCUUGCCCUCAGCCUCUAGCUCCUCUGGUUGUCUGGAUGCUGUUGGAACCGUGCCUUCUGGCUUGGGGAUGCCCUCUGGGGUGGGAGUUUAAACCUAUUUCCACCAUCUUCCAGCUGCCUUUCUCUGCCGCCACCACUCUGAGCAGUCCUGCUCGCUUGUAGGAGCCUUCUCUGCUUAGCUCAGGUGAGGUGUGAGCCGCACAGCGUGAAGCAAAGGGAUCUUAGUGCCAGCCCCUCUAUCUUGUGCCUUCACUCAGACUGUUGCUGGGUGGGAGUAGUACUGCUGUGCUCCUCAGGGCCAUCUUCAUUCCCAGAGGCAGCUGUCUUAGCUGCCUAUGCCAUGUUAGUCUAAAUAGCUACCCAGGGAAUAGAUUUGGACAUGUGCUUCUGCCUUGUGGGAGGAUUUCUGUGAGCCUCCCCCAAGUCUGUGUGAGGAGUGUUGAGAGGUGGCUUCUAUAGAGCUCGCUUCGCCUGUGCUCUGGGGACAAGGAUGUCUGUGUCCCUGUUGUGAGAGAGAACAAACGUAUCCAGGAAAGAGCUCCAGGUGACCCCUUUCUCUCUCCAGAGCUGGGCUGCAGGUGUGAAAUAGCCUCUCUAGAGCUCACUGCCAUUGCUCCUGGGUUGGUCCCAAUCGUGCAGUUGAGCAUGAAGACCUCCCUCGGGUGGAGUUUGGGAUGCUGCAGGAUGUGCUGUUGGCAUUGACCAGGACCUGCCAUGCCUACCUCUCCCCCUUGAGUGCCAGUCCUGUCCCUCCCACCUCAUCUCUCCCAAGUCCUGUUUGGUCUCCUGCUUCCCUUCUUGCCCAUUGCCUUGAGCUAAUUCUGUCCCAUUCUCUUCCUCUUCGGGCUGGGGCAGUGCAGGGUGUGGCUGGACAUCUCAUUUUCAUUCUGGAGGACAACGAACCUGGCUGAAAGGUACUGCCCAGGCAUGUCUGAGCACCCUGUGCUGCUUGGCUCCAGCCCUCUUCCAGUGCCACUUGCUUUGCCCACCUGUCCCAUGUACAAACUUCCAGCAAAGGGAGCGAGUUCCUCUUCUCGCUGUGCCAGAGAGCACAGAGCUUGGGGCAGGGGAUGGGACCCCGCUGGUCUUUUGAAGCGAAAUCCGUGAGUGGACUUGGUGUGUGUGCCUAGCGGCGCUGGCCAUAGCACCUGGGUCCAAUGGAACAGCAUGGCAGUCUGUAACGCAGCAUGUCUCGCCUGCCAGGGUGGUGGGUCCAAAGGCUCUUGUUAACCUCAUCAGACUUCCCCGUGCCCCUAGCCAGUCUUGUAACUUCCUCACUUCCUUAACUGCUUCUGGUCUGGCGCUGGCUGCUCCUCGGCGUACAAAGAAAUAUCAGCCUAACACAGGUGCCUGUAACCCUUACUCAGAGCAACACUAAAGAACAGAGUCUGAGUACUGGCUCAGUAUUGAUGGCGAAAGCUUGGGACAGUGGGGGGCGCUGGCUCGGUGUCCCGGGUUCCUGUGCAGUGUUUGUAGUGGUUCCAGGUUGUGACCCCUCUGUCCUGUGAGCUGUUCCGAUUAUAGCAACGUAUCUCAUUUGUGUUGGUUUCCGUUUGGUUUUUUUGCACUGUUCUGUUCGGAGACGACGGAAGCUGAUUCCACGGUGUACAUAAACUAUUUUUUUUAAAUUUGUAUGAAUAUAUUUUUAUUUUGAACUUUGGCACUUGGGACAUAUUUGUGUAACCAUAACCUGUCUGAGAGUAAAAUGUUGGUGUGUGUCCUUCUGCA